GGCCCCGCCCCCAGCGGCCCGCGCCCUCUCUCAAGGAGACCUCAGCUCAGGUCCCCCCUUCACCACCCGCCCAAUUCUGACGCCAGGCUCCGACCCGCUUCUGCACUGCCCAGCCAGCUCUGAGUCCUGGGCCGGGUCCGGCGCCCACCGCGGGUCACCCAGGCUCCUACCCCUCCCCACUACGGCGUGCCUCAGAGCUGACCCGCUAGGCGGGCCCUGUGGCCUAGGCCCAGACCCAGAGCCAGUCAUGGCCUCACGCCUAGGUAUGGUUGGCGCUGGCGGGUCUGAGGCGGCGGGAGGAACUCACGAGCAUGUCCCUUCGUAAAGGUCAGCAAAAGCCGUCCGCGGGCCGCUGGCGCGCGGCUGGUGUUCCGCGCGCACGCGCACUGUACACUGUGGCCCGCCCCCUGCGCCUGGCUGUCUUCAGGUUCUCCGCGACUCCGUGAGCGACUAAGGACUGUAUGUCAGCCUACGAUGACCUGACCGCCUUCCUGGGCGAGUGGGGCCCCUUCCAGCGCCUCAUCUUCUUCCUUCUCAGCGCCAGCAUUAUCCCCAAUGGCUUCACCGGUUUGUCAGCCGUGUUCCUGACAGCGGUCCCGGAGCACCGUUGCCGCGUACCGGACACCGUGAACCUGAGCAGCGCGUGGCGCAAACACAGCAUCCCUUUGGAGACGAAGGACGGACGACAGGUGCCCCAGAAAUGUCGCCGCUACCGACUGGCUACUAUCGCCAACUUCUCCGCGCUAGGACUGGAGCCGGGACAGGACGUGGACCUAGAGCAGCUGGAGCAGGAGAGUUGCCUGGAUGGCUGGGAGUACAGCAAGGACAUCUUCCUGUCUACCAUCGUGACCGAGUGGGACCUGGUGUGUAACGAUGACUGGAAAGGCCCUCUCACCACCUCCUUCUUUUACGUGGGUGUGCUCUUAGGCUCCUUCAUUUCAGGACAGCUCUCAGACAGGUUUGGUCGGAAGACUGUACUGUUUUGGACCAUGGCCAUGCACACGGGGUUCAGCCUCCUGCAAGUUUUCUCUGUAAACUUCGAGAUGUUUACUGCGCUGUAUACCCUUGUUGGAAUGGGUCAUAUAUCCAACUAUGUGGCAGCAUUUGUCCUGGGAACAGAAAUUCUCUCCAAGUCAAUUCGAAUUAUAUUCGCCACCUUAGGAGUGUGCAUAUUUUUUGCAUUUGGCUUCAUGGUGCUGCCUCUUUUUGCAUACUUCAUCAGAGACUGGCGGAAGCUGCUGCUGGCAAUCACUUUGCCAGGGGUGUUGUGUGGGCUUCUCUGGUGGUGUAUUCCUGAGUCCCCCCGAUGGCUCGUCUCUCAAGGCCGAAUUAAAGAGGCAGAGGUGAUCAUCCGCAAAGCUGCCAAAAUCAAUGGAAUUGUUGCACCUUCCCCUAUCUUUGAUCCAGAUGAGUUACAAGACGUAGGUUCCAAGAAGCCUCACUCACACCACAUUUAUGAUCUGAUCCGAACCCGGAAUAUCAGGAUCCUCACCAUCAUGUCCAUAAUCCUGUGGCUGACCAUAUCUGUGGGCUAUUUUGGACUUUCUCUUGACACUCCUAACUUGAAUGGGAACAUCUACCUGAAUGGCUUCCUUUUGGCGGCUGUUGAAGUCCCAGCCUAUGUGUUGGCCUGGCUGUUGCUGCAGCAUGUGAGCCGGAGAUAUUCCAUGGCUGGUUCCCUUUUCCUUGGUGGCAGUGUCCUUCUCUUAUUGCAUCUGGUACCCUCAGACUUAAUUUAUUUGUCUACUGCCCUGGUGAUGGUGGGCAAGUUUGGAAUCACCUCUGCCUAUUCCAUGGUCUACGUGUACACAGCUGAGCUGUACCCCACUGUGGUCAGAAACAUGGGUGUGGGGGUCAGCUCCACAGCAUCCCGCCUUGGCAGCAUCCUGUCUCCCUACUUUGUUUACCUUGGUGCUUAUAACCGCCACCUCCCUUACAUCCUUAUGGGAAGUCUGACCAUCACGACAGCUACCAUCACCUUGUUCUUCCCAGAGAGCUCUGGUGUCUCUCUCCCAGACACCAUUAACCAAAUGCAAAAGGUCAAAAGAAUAAAGCAUGGGCCAUCCCCACACCAGAAACAAGUCAUCAAAAAUGUAGAAGCCGCUCCAGAAUCCUAAAAAGCACAGCCUUCUAACACCCCUCCAGAAGGUAGAAAAUCUGCGUGUUGUCAGAAAUGCUGUCAAUUACCAAGGACUUUUCUGUUCUGUUGAUCUUGUGUCUAAUGUGCUCAUGGAUGGGUGUAUCUGUCCAGAGAGCCACCUUCCUCCAGGGACACCAAGGCUAACUGCAGACAGCUUGCCCAUCCCAUUCCAGUGAUGGACUUAGCCUUUCCAAAGAAGUCAAUGAGUCUCUUGAAUCAGUGAGACUUGGAAGACUAUGCGAAACUUUGUAAGACGGGUAAGGUUGCACAGAUAGAGAUGCAGGUCCAUUUUUCCCUCCUCUCCCUAACUGACAGACUCACAGGAAAAGGAAUAGGUGUUGCUCGGUGACAGUGUGCUUGCCUAGGAUGCACAGGGCUCUGAGUUCCAUAUGAAGAACCAGAAGGAAACAAAACUUCUUCAGAAAAUAAAUGAUUCCAUGAGGAGUUUGAUUUCUCAUCUUUCCUAAGUUACAAAACUUUUUACUGUGAUUGCUUUAACUCACAACAGGAGAACACAAGACCUAGGGCACCCUAGAGGGAAUGAAGGUGGGAGCAGGUACAUCACGUCAACAGUGUGUGGGCGGUGACUGCUCAGUCCCACAGCCAGCUGUGCUGUGUAUGUCUGGUCAGAGUCUUGGGCUUGUCCGGGCCGUGAGAAAUCCACUGUUGAGGCCACGGCUUGGCUUCCACUGCUGUGUAAAUCAGAAUCCCUGGCUACCAGACACUUACUGUGCCUUGAAGGGCAUGUAUGGGUGACAGAGUGCCCCUUCCUUCUCUCAGCACUGUCAUGGGGAUUGUUUUGUUUGUCAUCUGUUGUUGUGUCUCAAGUUAUUCACCCUUCAACAGAGACUUGGGAGCACUAUUUCUCAGCUCUGCAUUACCCGGGCUGGUGUACAGUUGCCACCACGGAAGUGCAGUUGCACCUCCCAGCCUUAGCCACUGUCACUGCUCUGAGUGCCCAAACAAUAACACUACGCUUGUUCCUUUUACGAUGUAUAAUCAUGGGGAAAUUCAAGAAAGAAAUGUAAGUUGUGUUGACAGUCUCUCAGAGUUGCUGGCUGCAGCCGUGUAACAUCGGCGGGUGUUUGUGUUCAGUGUGAUUGUCCCUUCUAAUAUCGCACACACUUCACCUUCUUUAAAAAAAGAAACAAUAUUUGGUGGAAACUACUGAAGAUUCUUGGGCAAUGAGACAGUCUUAAUAAACAAUGAUAUUUUAAAAUAA